AUGUCCCGCCGACCACCCCACGAUUACUACGAGGAGGAUGAUUUUGAGAUCGAACGUGAACGUGAUCGAUAUCCGCGAUCUCGCCAGCGAGACCGCGAGUUCGAGGAGGAAGAUGUUCAGUACCGUCGCCGCAGAUCAAUGCCCCCAGUCGAAGACCUGGAGCGCAUGCACAUUCGCGAUCGCCCGCCCCGCGACUUUAUGCGGGAGAGCUUUGCCCCGCCUACGGAUCGCGCACCUGUGUCUAUGAGGAGACCACGAGAUGAAAUCGAUGGUGUCAUACCGGAACGCGAGCGCGAUGAAGUCUACAUGCGUCCGUCACGCGAAAGACGCCGGCCUCGUCGUGAGAUUGAAGAAGAGAAACUCAUAAUUAAUGAGCGUGAAGGACAUGGUGGCAGGCCACGACGUCGCUCUGAACGUGAUAUCGAAGAAGAUCUAGUUGUACGACGCAGAGGGCGGCCUUCUCGUGACUAUGAGAGCGAAGGUGACUUCAAGCCCCGCGAAAGGUUCGAAGAGCAAGAUGAGACGUUUGUCCGACGCUCAGGACCACGACGCAAACCGCGCCCUCGCUCGCGCGAAGAGGAGCUUGAAGAGCUUCUAGUUGAUGAGAGCGAAAUGGACCGGCCUCGACGCAAAUUAUCUCGCGAAGAGCCGAUAUUAGAACGAGAAGAAAUUGAUGAAGUUAUGAUUGACGACCGAGAACGACCCCGCGAGAGACGGCCUCGCAGAGAAUCAAAUUACGACAGACACAGAGAAAGCGACGACAUUAUUGAUGAUAGAGAACAAGAACGACUACGAGAAAGAAAGCCACGAAAGGCAAGGGUUAAAGAGGAGUUGGUCAUGCAGUGGAAAGAUAGGCCAUCGCCGGGCGAACUGGAUGAAGAAGAAGUUCGCAUUAGAGAGACAAGGCGGCCUAAACGUCGUAGUCCACCGGUGCCAGUCUUUGCUCCAGAACCACCGGGUGCUUUGCCUUUGCGUGGGGAUAGAGUCGAAACCGAAGAAGAAAUUCGCAUCCGCUCGCGGGUUCGCCCAAGACCUCACCAUCGAGAUGUCGAAGAGGAAGAAGAGAUUGUCAUUCGACGCGAUGAAAGAGAAAGAGAUCGUCGACGACGAACUGAGGAUGAUGAAGAAAUUCUUUUGCGACGAGAGGACAGAAGCCGAGGUCACAGGCUAAAUGCCGAAGAAGAUGAAGAACUUCUCAUUCGGCGCGAAGAACGAGAUCGAGAUCGUCACCGAGUUACUAAAAACGAAGAGGAGCUCAUUAUUCGACGUGAUGAGCGAGACCGACACGGGGAAGAGACAGAAGACGAGGUGAUCCUUCGCAAGGGUAAACGACGGUCUCCGCCUCGAAAGCCUUCACCCGAUGUUGCGUCCAUUCAUGCACCUCCGAUCCAUCAGGAUGUCAUUACACACCAUCGCCACAUUGACCACGGCUUUGAAGCGUCGCCACGAGCUCCCAGCCCCGAUGCUUCAUCUCAGACCAGUAUCGACGAGGUUGAUUACCAUCACCGCAGUAAAAAGGGUGGCCACAAGUCUGAGGAAGAUCUUGUUUACGAACAUCGCUCUGAAAAAGAAUCUGUCUCCCCAACCAGUCGUCCUUCGCUCGAUUUCAACAAUCCCUGGGAAGCAGACGGUGUUUCCACUUCACGACGCAGGCCCAAGUCCAUAGUCGACGACACCGAAUCCAUCAAACAAUCUCUAGCCGGAAGCAUCCAUAGCCGCGCAAAACGAAGCCUGGCUCGUGAGCUAGAGCUCGAUGAAGAAACUGAAGAGGAAGAGAUAGAGGUCCAUGAAGAACGCUCCGGACCUCGCUCUAGCACACGUUCGCUAGGCAAGGGUAUCCCAGACGUCGUAUCCGAGUGGUCUAUGGUCCAUGCACCCAAGACCGAGGCCCUUGAGAUGUCCAGUGCACUGAACGUCAUAGAAGUAGCGCCCAAGGGUGCGAUCGACGACGAAAUAGACCGUAAAGUCGUCGCGCAGGUAUCCAAAGAACCUCUCGACGAACGGUGGACGGAGAUAACCAAGGAUUUGGUUGUUCGCGAGGCGAUUGAGCGACUCGGAUAUGAGUUUGAAGAGACGAGAACGUUUUACUAUGUCUUCUCGUAUCUGAAACCGGGUGAUAUUGAUGAGAUCGUUGAACUAUCCGAUGAGAUCCGCUCCGCAAGACGACGACGGAUUCGUGAAAUGCAUCGUGAACGAACUGUACCGCCGCCUCGACCACCUCGCCCUAGGUCUCUGGUAGAUAGGAUGCCGCCUCGGGCACGCAUGGCUGCAGAGCGGCGGAUAAGAGAGCGAGAAUGGAUUAUUGAUGCUCGUCGCUAA